AUGUUCAGUUGUGAACCUGGCAGACUGUUGUUCAUACUGCAUGGCUGCCUCAUAAUAAGUGCACGCGUCUCUUCAACAUGGUUGCAUCACAUACAUAUGAUAAAGUCGUUGAAGCCUGUUACGUCCGUCAUUGUUGCGGCUUUACUGCCUAAAUAUGGCAUCGGUGCACAAGGAAAGCUUCCGUGGAGAUUGAAACAGGAAAUGAAAUACUUUAAGGAUGUCACCUCUGCUGCAAGAGCAGGUUCAAUCAACGCGGUGGUGAUGGGCAGAAAAACAUGGGAAUCUAUUCCUAAAAAGUUCAGACCUUUGCCAAAUAGACUCAAUAUUGUUUUAUCGAGAUCGUUUUCGAAUGAGGAAAAGGAUGGCGUUCUCUAUUUCAACAGUAUCGACUCCAUCAUGUCUAACUUGGCCCAAAGCAAUUACUGGUACCAUGAUAAACCUAUAGACAAAAUCUUCAUUAUCGGAGGAGCCGAGAUAUAUAAUUCAGUGAUGAAAGGGGAUUUGGUUGAUAAUUUGUUGGUUACGAACAUCAGGUAUGUCGGAAACCCUGAGGCGGAACCAGUUUUAGACACAUUUUUGGACUGGGACAUGUCUUUGUGGGAACAGAGUAAUGUCUCCCGUAUAAGAGAAUUCCUGGACGUCGAAUUUGAGGAGGGAAUAAUCAAAGAGGGUGACUAUGAGUACGAGUACACAAUGUGGGAAAGACGUAAAUAA